AUUCCUCAUUCAAUUUUACCGAUUAUACAGUAUCGAUCUUAUCAUUUUUUCAUAAUUUAGUGUAAAAAAAUACGAAUUUUAAAAAAUAUGAUUGACAUUCGUAAAUACGUAUGUUUAUUUAUAAUUCUAACGAUUAAUUUAUUGGCAACCACUGGUGAUAUAACACUAUCAUGGUCAUCACCAGUGUUUCCAAAACUAUAUUCCGAAGAUACUUCAAUAAAUCCACUGGGGAAACCAAUAACCAUCGAAGAAGAAUCAAUAGUAGGGUCGAUUCUCAAUUUGGGAGCUCUAAUAGGUCCAAUUCCAUUCAAUUUCGUAACCCAAAAGUACGGUUACAAGAAAACUCUAUUAUGUUUAGCAAUACCUCAUAUAAUAUCGUUCUUAAUACUAAGUUUCGCUAAAAAUAUUUUUCUUUAUUAUUUAGCUCGGUUUUUAGCGGGUUUGUCCUUGGGAGCCGGCUAUUCUCUUUUCGCUACGUACGUCGGUGAUAUAUCAGACGAUUCUAAUAGAGGUGGAAUGGUCGUUAUUACUAAUAUAUUUUGGUCCAUGGGGAAUUUUAUACCGUUAGCUAUAGGUCCGUUUACGUCUAUAUUAAGUUUUAAUUUAAUUCUAACUUGCAUACCAGUUAUAUUUCUCAUUUUAUUUUCAAUAAUAGGAGUUGAAAGUCCCUAUUAUUUAGUACGUAAUAAAAAAGAAGAAGAAGCUGUCAAUGUCUUAGUAUAUUUACGCGGUAAAAACGACGUAGAAGAAGAAAUGACUAAAGUUAAAAAUUUCGUUGAAAAUAGCACGAACGAUAAAAUUUCAGAUUUAUUAACGGAUACGGUAUUAAGGAAAUGUUUGAUAAUUUGUUGUUUUCUACUAGCUACUCAAGAUCUCGGUGGUUAUUGCUCUAUUUUGUAUCAUUUAGAACUCAUAUUCGAAUCGGCCGGCUCUAAUAUAUCAGAAGAUAAAGCUGCUUUAAUAGUCGGCGUUGGUUUAUUUUUAUCUAGUUUUAUAGCGCCGUUUUUGGUCGAUCAUUUCGGUAGAAGACCUCUUCUAAUUGCAUCUUGUCUCGGUAUGAGUAUUUCAUUGGCUUUGCUCGGUUUAUUCUUCUAUUUGCAAUCCCGUAACUUCGAUUUAAAUUCUAUUAGAUACCUACCUCUAUUUAGUUUGAUAUCUUACAUCGUUUCUUAUAAUUUCGGUAUCAAUACCGUUCCUUGGAGCUUAAUCUCCGAACUCUUCCCCAGUAAAAAUAAACAAACUGCGUCUUCUAUAGGUGCUUUUUGUUGUUGGUUCAUCACUGCCUCUGUUACGUUUUGUUAUAACUAUUUAAACGAUUUGUUCGGUAUUUUCGGUACUUUUUGGGUGUUUUCCGGUUGGUGUUUGGUCAGUACCAUCUUCUGUUUCGUGUUUGUACCAGAAACUAAAGGUAAAAGUUUCCUUGAAGUCCAACAAAUGAUAUAUAAACAUCCCGAAUAGAUAGAAACGUUUAAAUUUGCGACAUCCUGUAUAAUUAUUCAAAUCAAUGUCUUGUAGGUAGAAAUUUUUGUAGGUACCCGGUAAUAUUCCAUAAAUAACCCACACCUCAUCAAUAUUACUCUUUACAGUUUUUCCAAUACCACACCCUGUAUAUCAAAAAUUUUCAAAAUAGUCUUUUAAGCUAUCUAAUAUUGAAAAUUUCAAGUACAUAUAUUAAUUAAAAACAGAAAUUGAUGAGAUAAAAUUAAUUAAAUCUUUGGAAAAUAAAUACACACUUUCAAAAUCAUCAUUAUUUAUUAUUCUAUAUAAAUAUUUACAACAAUUUCUAUACACACAUACUAUAAUUUAAUAUAUUUUUACUAAUUUCGUAUAUUUUCUUCGAAAUAUUUGAAAAAUAUAUCAAUACGGCAACGCUGUGUAUCGAUAAUAUUGUUAUUACUAGGUUCGUUCUUACAAAGAAUCUGCCAACUUUAAUGCGCAUGUAUAAAGAUGUUAACGACUGAUAAAUACGAUUUAAUAUAUCAAUUUGUUAAAUCUAACCCAAUUUCUUUUUCUGUUAUGUUCACUUUUUCAUCCAACCCCGUUUUAAAUUGAAUUUUAUUCAUUCAAAAUAUAAACAUACGAUUUAUAUUGUACGUAUGCUGAUUAUACUAACCAACAAUAUAUUCUCAUACGAAGAUAGUAGAAAAAAACUUAAAAAAAAGUGCGUUUACCAUAGAGUAAAUAUUAAAAGUAGAGAAGCUUGUUUAAGUGAGUACGAACAGCUGAUAAAAAAGAGAAACAACAUCGAUAUACACGUAUCUAUCUCUCUCUAAUCCAUUCUGAUUUCGGAGUUUGUGUUACACUUUAUUUUCAAUAUUAACUCUAUGGCUUUUACCCCAAUAAGCUGACGUAUGUCUUAGAUUGAUUCAGUUAAAUAAUUAAAAGUUUUCACUGGGAGCCUUAGAAAACAUAUAUCAAAAUAAUUGAUACUAAAUCAAACAGAGAUGUGUAUUUUGUCACGUUACCCCAUUUUACGAAUAUCUGGUAAUGGUAUAAUCAAAAUUGAAAUUAUGUAAAAGAUUUUCUCAAAAAAGUAAAAAUUUACAGGCUUCCACCGUUUGCUACUAAUCAUUUUAAAAACGUCAGCAUCCGAUUUAUUGUAGGUACGUUAAAGAAGAAUUUGCCGCGGGUGUACGAGUCCAAAUUAUAGUACAGUCAAAUUCUCUUUUGGUUUCAAAAUUAUAUAAAUUUUAUUAUUAAAAUAAGUCAUUCAUUUUGAAUAGCCGGUUAGACUUCUAAUCAUGGCAGAUGUUACAACUUAUCAGUUAUGAUUCUAUUCACUAGAUAUAUAAUUUAGCUUAAUUAAACAAGUUUACUAUAAGCAAGUUAUGUAUUAUUUUCACUUGCUCAAUACAAAAAUGAUUUAAAAUUAAUUUCCAAGUAUAAAAAACCUAUUGAAGAACAAAGCAGUAAAUGUGACCGAUAAACACCAAUAAUUUGAGCUGUCAACCGUUAUAGUAAUUUUAUUGUAAAUAACAUAUUAAUAAAAUUAUUGCAUGUUUA